AUGAACGAAGACGAGCCAACGAUCGCCUAUGACGGUGUCAGUCAUGACACCCUCGGCGGUGGCUCUUAUGCAUUCAAAGAAAACUAUUUGCAGUACCUCAGCAAACUUAUUCAGCACGGCCCUGUCGUUGAAGUCAACAUUAUUAUCCAACCAAACAGCUCCCCUCAUAUUGGAGCCAUUCUAUCCUUGAUUCUGACCUUUUCGUUAGCGCAACAACUCACUGGACAAGGCUUGGAGGCAUACGUCGUGGUCGACUUAUGGGACAAUGCUAAGGCAGAACAGAUCAACAUAGGUGGCACCGUCUAUCAGAAGGGCCUGCGCGACUCUGGACGUUUGAUCAUCGAGGACUACGAAGACAUUCUCGCCGUACUCGGGACUAGAUACGGUGUUGACUACAAACUCCGCAUGGAGGACGAGUUUCUACGCCAGGAUGGCAUACCAGACGUGGUCCGCGAUAUCGUUCGGGAUCGCAAUUCACUGGGUGUGUCUCUUCAACCUUCCUCUGAACAGAUCGCCAUCCGUUCCUCCUGCCCCGAGCCUUCUUGUCGCCUUGUCGACAAAUACGGCAAUCAUAACGUCUAUGACGAUGAGAACGACAUUAUCCAGUUCAAAUGCCCCUAUCACGGUCGUUUCAUAGUCAACAUCGCCUCUGAGUGUCACCGCUUGCAGUUCAACUGCCAGCUCUUCAACCUCGUCAUCGGGCGUUACUACGAGAAUGUGGAUCAUGGAUACAUCCAAGUCUGCGGCAGCGACUACGCCGGGUUCUGGCAGGAGCAGAUGUUGUGGCGCAAUAUACACAAGCCCCUCCUCAUCGUCUACACUCCCCUGAUCAUGGACUGGUCCGGUGCGAAGAUCUCGAAAUCGUUGGUUUUGGGGAAAGACGCCUAUCGAUAUCUCUGCGACGCCGGGCUCGAGUACGUGUUGUCCUGGAAGAAGUUUAAGGAAAGCAAGAAGGAUUUUGGAGUGCUCUGCAAGGAAGUCGACUUGUGGGUCGCAGAACCGUUUCGCCUUUUCAGAGGAUAUACGGUACAUUAUUUUGCCAUGUUGUUUGCGAGGAGCGAAAAUGCCGAGCUCGGAGGUGUUCGUCUUCAAGAUUGUGUCAAUCGUAAUUAA